GCUCUUUUUUCUAGGUUAGAACCCUGAUUAAACAUCAUGGCAGCAUUCCCCGUAGGCUACUGUCUCGCUCAGGCCAUUGACUUCAGCGGAGCAGCAUGGCUAUCAGGUACGCACCGUACAGCAGAUGACGCUCCAAUUUUUGAUAUUUCUUAUCCCACGGGAUAGCACCCUUUACAAGAAGCACUACCGUCUAGGUAACAUCGCAGCACUCAGUCUGAUCGCUGUGCCCGCCGUGGUGGAAACCCAGAAGGAAACCCCGAUACCCAGCAGUGUUGUCGUCAAGCUGUGGCGAGGGUUCUACGAGAAAGGCAAGACGCAGAAUCCUCCGAUCGCCGCCGCUACCGCCACGGCGUUUCUGUACCUCGCCUGGUCCGUCCGCGCCGGUGAACCCCUGUUCCGUUCCGCCGCCUACAACCGCGCCGGAUUAUACACUGCGGCAGCCGUGUUGACCCUCGGCAUCGUGCCGUAUACUAUCCUCACCAUGAGACCGACCAACAAUGCCCUUCUCGCCCUGGCGCAGUCUCCAAAGGAUCUGACCGCAGCAGACGAGACGCGAAGCCAAGAUUUGCUCAAGAAAUGGACCUCAUUGAAUAGCUUGCGUGGCUUGUUGCCUCUUUCAGGGGCGACGUUGGGCAUGCUUGCGGCGUGGAUUUAGAGGUAAGGUAAUGACACGAUGGAUGUUGGAGUUUUCACCUUGGAUUUGGAUCCUACAAGGACAAUUGCAUAGUAGUUGGAGAAGAGCACAGGUUAAAUGCUCUAUGUUGCAACCGUGAUUCAGAUAACCGGUGAGCUACUGGAUGGUAGGCAGCCAUUGAGAUCCUUGUAUUGUUAAGCUUCCAGCCUUAGCU